UAUAAGAAAGACCAGUUCGAAGAUUUUGCUUCAGUCGAAGACCGGCCGACAAAGUGAAAUGAAGCUGGUUGUGUUCGUAUUUAUCGCGACGGCCUUUGUGGGCCCGUCCACCAGCCACUGGAUAAGGACCCGUCGCGCGGCCCAGAACGAAUUUAAAAUGUGUGUACCGGAAAAUUUGCUGGAUUUAUGUAAGGACAUGAUAGCAGCUGAGACCAAAAGCGCAGCUAAAAUAAUUUGCAUUCCUGCUAGGGAUAGGAUUGAAUGUAUUGAUAAGAUAAGGGAAAGACAAGCCGAUUUUGGUACGUUCGACCCUGAGGAUAUGUACGUAGCAUCCAAAGUAGAAAAUCAAGACUUCGCGGUCUUCGAAGAAAUCAGAACGAGGGAGGAGCCAGAAGCUGAGUUUAGAUAUGAGGCCGUAGCUGUAAUCCACAAAGACUUAAAACUGGACAGUCUUAAAGACCUUAAGGGUCUUAAUUCUUGUCACACCGGUGUUGGUCGUAAUGUAGGCUACAAAGUACCAUUAACUAAACUCAAGAAUAUGGGCAUUAUUGGUAAACUCAAUGAACCAGACUUAUCACCCAGAGAAAAUGAACUUAAAGCCUUCUCCACCUUGUUCAGCAAAGCUUGUAUUGUUGGAAAAUGGUCACCUGAUCCUAAAAUCAAUCAAAAACUCAAAAAAACAUAUUCAAACCUUUGUGAACUUUGUGAACAUCCGGACGUUUGUGACUACCCCGACAAUUUCUCUGGCUACGAUGGAGCCUUACGAUGUUUGGCCCAUAAUGGUGGUCAAGUCGCCUGGACUAAAGUUAUCUACGUCAGAAAAUUCUUUGGUCUUCCUGUUGGUGUUACUCCUGCAUCAAAAACUGACGAGAACCCUGAAGAAUACAGAUAUUUGUGCCCCGAUGGCACGAGAGUGCCCGUAACUGGUACUCCUUGUAGAUGGGCAGCAAGACCAUGGCAAGGUUACAUGGCCAACGCUGCCGUCGUCAAAUCCAUCGACGAACUGAGAAGGAAGAUUGAAAAUCUCAAUACCGUUGGAUCACAAAAACACGCUAAAUGGUUGGAGAAAGUGUUAGAUUUGACCGAUAAGAACGUUCCUAAAGAAAACAAAGUCAUUGGCCCUGGCGACUACUUGGACAAGGCUAACUAUACUGAUGUCCUUGAACGUGACUACGGUCCGCCGUUCAAAACAGUCAGAUUCUGUGUUACAUCCAAAGAUGAACUUGAAAAAUGUCAAGCGUUUAGCAAGGCUGCGUUCUCAAGGAACAUCCGCCCACGUUUCGACUGUGUUGAAGAGAAAGACGUCUUUGACUGCUUCAAAACUAUCCGUGAUAAUGGUGCUGAUAUCAUCACUCUGGAUGGAGGAUUGGUAGCGAAAGCCCAAGCUGAAUUCAAUCUUAAACCAAUCGUUGCCGAACAGUAUGGAAAUCAAGGUGGAUCUUACUUUGCUGUAGCUGUGGUUAAAAAGGAUUCGCCAUAUAAAAGUUUUGCUGAUUUAAAGGGUGCCAAGUCCUGUCAUACAGGUAUAGGCAGAACAGCUGGAUACAAUGCACCUUUGUAUACUUUGAUUAAGUUGAACUUAAUUAAAAAUACAGACUGUCCUUAUCCUAAAGCUUUAUCAGAAUUCUUCAGUGGAGGCAGUUGUUUGCCAGGUUCUAAAGAUCCAAGAAAUAAAUUGACGGAACCAGUUUCAGAAAAGCUUUGCACAUUGUGCGGCGGUGAUGUGGACAAAAAGGAUUUAACCACCAAAUGCAACUUCGAUCAGUCAGAAAGUUACAGCGGAUAUACUGGAGCAUUCAGAUGUUUGGUUCAAGGGGGCGGUGACGUUGCUUUUGUCAAACAUGUUACAGUUCCAGGAAAUACUGAUGGUAAAAACACUGAAAGCUGGGCUGCAAGCUUAAAGUCUAGUGACUAUGAACUACUUUGUCCCGAUGGUGGAAGAGCACCGGUUGAGGAAUUCAAGAAAUGUAACUUGGCUCAAGCUCCUCCUCAUAUGGUUGUCACUGGUAACUCAAAAUCUGAUGCUGACAUUGAUGAAAUAAGAAAUGCUUUGCUAUCUGCAAGUAACUUAUUUAGUAAGAGGCCAGACUGGUUUAGAAUGUUUGGAGGUUUUAAUGGCAAAAAGGAUCUCUUGUUUAAGGAUUCAGCCACGGGCCUUGUAUCCAUUUCCGGAGAAUCUGAGGUGCAAAAAACUUAUUCGCAAGUUUUGUCUGUUGUCAAUGGCUGCAAUUAGUUUUAGAAAAUCUUAUAUUUUAUAAGUCGAUGUUUAAUUGAUUUUCAAUGACAAUAAAUACUUUUUGAGAAAAUUUUACAAAA